CGGCAGGGCACGUGGUUACCAAGCGACGUCUCUUUAAGAAGUGUCGCGUGAAGUUUGUUUGUCCGUGUUCUGCUGUGCGGAGAGACGCACGCGCACGAAAAAAAUAUAUAGUUUUUUUGUGUUUUUUGAAGACAAAUAACAGAAAAGUUUAAUUGAAGGCAGUUGAGAGGCAUUUUUUGUUUGUUUUUCUGUUUUUUAAGGACUUUACUCGUGGCCACGCGAUAUGGAUGUACUUUUACUGGAGCAGAAGCGCCCUGUUUGUGGAGUAGAGUGUGGUCUGGUGUUUCAGCUGGAGCUGCUGUGUGUUUAAUCCGCAUCUGUAGAUUCAGACUGGAGCUCUUUACAGAGUGUAAAAAGCUGCGGGUUCCUGUGGUCCGGCUGUAGUGCGGUGAAUGGGAGAUGAUGGCUCAUGAGCCGCUCGGAGCCGCUGAGUUUAUUAAAGAUCGUUUAUACUUUGCUACGCUCCGAGGCAAGCCGAAAAGCACAGCAAACACACAUUACUUCUGCACAGAUGACGAAUUUAUCUAUGAAAACUUCUACGCAGACUUCGGGCCUCUCAAUCUGGCCGUGCUGUACAGAUACUGCUGUAAACUGAACAAAAAGCUGAAGUCCUUCACUCUGUCCAGGAAGCGCAUCAUCCAUUAUACCAGCUACGACCAGCUGAAACGGGCCAACGCCGCCUUCCUGAUUGGGGCCUAUGCUGUAAUCUACUUAAAGAGGACUCCAGAAGAGGUGUACCGUGCCCUGAUAUCUGGAACUAAUGUGUCAUACAUGCCCUUCAGAGAUGCUGCCUUCGGAAACUGCACAUACAAUCUGACCAUCCUUGACUGUUUACAAGGCAUCCGCAAGGCUCUGCAGCAUGGCUUCUUCGACUUUGAGACGUUUGACGUUGAAGAGUAUGAGUAUUAUGAGCGUGUGGAAAACGGUGACUUCAACUGGAUAGUGCCAGGAAAGCUGCUGGCCUUCAGCGGGCCUCACCCCAAGAGCAAAAUUGAGAACGGUUACCCUCUCCACGCCCCAGAAGCUUACUUCCCCUACUUCCGCCAGCACGACAUCACAGACGUGGUGCGGCUAAAUAGGAAAAUCUACGAGGGCCACCGCUUCACGGAUGCCGGUUUCGAGCAUCACGACCUGUUCUUCGUGGAUGGCAGCACGCCCAGCGACCUCAUCAUCCGUCGCUUCCUGCACAUCUGCGAAAGUGCGGAGGGAGCCAUCGCUGUCCACUGCAAAGCGGGUCUUGGCAGAACGGGCACUCUGAUUGGCUGCUACCUCAUGAAGCAUUACCGGUUCACAGCGGCAGAAGCCAUCGCCUGGAUACGCAUCUGCAGGCCCGGCUCAGUCAUCGGACCCCAGCAGAACUUUCUGGAAGAAAAGCAGCACAGCAUGUGGGUGGAGGGGGAUCUGUUCCGGACGAAGCAGAGGCUGCAGUGGCAGCGGCAGCGGCGGCAGCAGGAGAGGGACAUGUCUCACCUCAUCUCCAGCAUGGAUGACGUCUCCAUCACCAGCAGCAUUAAUGAGAACGACUUCAGAGACGACAACAUGGGUCUGACUCAGGGAGACAAACUUCGAGCACUGAAAGGCCGACGUCCCCCCAGAUCUGCCCCGACUGUACUCGGUGGGAUAAAUCCUAUGCCCGGGUCCAUUGUUCCUCCAAAGUCGUCCAAGGCUCCUCUCCCCUUCUCUGCCGCCCCGUUGCCACGAAGACUCAUUCGGAGCCCCUCCUCCUCUGCUGGUAACCUGAAGAGCUUCAAACCCCGCUUAGCCCGUUCCCUCGGCAAUCUGUACGGCCCGGACGACUUCCAGGACGAGGAGGAGGAGAGCGAGUCCUCCUCUUCCUUCACUCCUUCCCCCUCCUCCCCUGAAUCCCCUCCUCCCCCCCGCUUCGGGUUCGGAUACCCCCUCGCCGACCCCCGCCUGCCUUCUCCUGCCCCGAACUUCAAUCCAGAGGUCAACAACAACCUCAACAGCCCCCCUGGACCCCGGACAGUCCGGCCGAUGAAGAGAGCAGCUUUCGGCCCUAAACGAGGUCCGGUUCGCUCCGGUCUCAGGGGGCUAACCGGCCGGCCCUUCAGCCGCUCCAUACCUUCCCUUCAGUCUGAAUAUGUUGAGUACUAGAGCCGCAGUGAUGCGUUGAUGCACCCAGACUCCAACAGAAGGGAUUAUCAUCAGUUAGCUGCACCCUGUUACACACGAACUGACGUCUCAGCAUGUGUGACGAUGAUCUUCACCAGCAAACAGCGCAGGAGGAAAACGCGUGCAUGGUCUACACGUCAUAAAAUCAUAAAAUCAUAAAAUCACAUUUGUAGUUUGUAGUAAUUAUGGUUUAGUUUUUGUUUUUAGGUCCAUCUCAGCUGUUUACUCUGUCUUCCAUAGAUGCUUCAUAUCACUCACACACUUCUGUGAUAUGAUAAUAAACUUUAAUAUGAUGUUCUCCA